AAAAAGCUAAUCAAAAUCCCAAUAAUUCUUUUUUACAAUUUAUAUUUAAAGAAAAUGAUCAGUUAUGUAUAAAGCAUUAUAACGAAUUUGUGAUUUAUGACAGAAAUAAUAGAAAAUCAAAAAGAAAAAAGAAAAAUCAAGAUUCAUUAUAUCAUAAUACUAUACCAAGAAAAAAAAUAUGUGUUGAAUUAAAUGAAUAUGAAGAACUUUUAAAUAUUUCUAAAGAAAUAAAUAUUUUAAAAAAACAAAUUAGUAUUUUAAAUACUGAAAAAGAUGAAUCAAUUAGUUGGGGUGCAUCUGUUAUAGGAAUAAAUACUUUAGCAAAUAUGGGAAUUUGUUCGACAUAUCAGACAGUUUAUAAUGAAUCAGAAAAGUUAACUAAAAAUCAUCAGUCAAACAUACAAGAAUAUAUUCAAGCCAAUUUAAAAAAUUUAGUAAUUGGAUGUAUUGACGAUUACCAUAAUCUUCAUGGAACUCGAAUACCGAAUGUAACAUCAAUAUCACAAAUUGCACAUAUGGCUACUAUAUUAUUUAAUUCAUUUGAUUCAACUAUUUUGAAAAUGGCUUUAUUUCAAGAUCAUAUACAAGAAUUAUCAAAAGGUUAUUAUACGAUUAAACAAAAUUGGAUUCAAAAUUUAUUCAAUGAAAAUAUAUUAGAGUUAUUAAUAAUACAUUCAUAUGAUGCAGAUUUAUAUGGAAAAUAUGGACGUAUUUUUAAUAGAAUUAAGUUAGUAGAAUGUAUUAAGACUAACUUAAAAAAUACACAAGAUUAUUUAAAGGCAAUUGAAACAUUUAUCAAAUUACCAUCUAUGCAACAUUAUUUACAAAAUUAUGUAGUUCCAAUUCCUGCUGAUUUUCCAGGACAACUUUUUAUUC